UGGCAACGCUAUUUAUCGGUCAAUCGCCUUCAUUUUAAUUAUUUGUAUUUUUAAUGUGUUUAUUUUAUAAAUAGUUUGACGAAAAGUGCUCAUGUCUACGAAGGGCGUAUAAUUAUCAAAGUAACAAUGCGUAAAUACCAUCAGCUUUUAUUAGUUAUAAUUUCUUGUAUUAGCAUAAUUGUCUUGCUCACGUACAAGAGCGAAAAUUCACGUUUAAAAGAUGUGCUAAGUGCAGUGCACUUCUUUAGUCGCAAGGAUGCGGAUGAAUUACGAUUAUUGAAUAAUUUUACUGCAGUGGAUGAAGAUAUCAUCAAUUUUAAUCGACCAUUGCCAGUUUGGCAAUUGGUGGGAGACUCGUUUUAUGCAUACGCCUCAUACUAUCAACGCAAUGAACUUGUGUCUUCCGGCAGUGAAGUUCUAACACUUGUAACCGGAAAGACGGGAGCAGUAGUGAAUUUUCUCUGUAAAGCACAUUAUGAUGACGGACGCAUUAUACAAGGAAAAUUUCGAUUUCAACACUUGAAUCAAGAUGAUAAAACCUCUACGGCAUUUACAAAUUAUAUAUUUUAUUGCCGCCUUAAAAGUGAUUUGAAAGAACCAAAUAACAUUAUUUAUACCGAUCUGACCGGUGAUGGCAGCAGUACGGGUCAUCAGUUACGUUUACGUUUUGUAAAAAGUACACAAGGUAGCAAUGUACCACAAACGCAAUUAGCUAUUUGUCUGGAUUUGGCCUCAUUUAAUAUGAGCAGUAGUUUUGGCCAAAAUUAUAUGAAUUUAUUAGAAUUCUUUAUACAUCAUUAUGUUGUUGGUGUCAAACAGUUCAUCGUUUACAACGGUGAUGAACUAACCGAAAUACUGCUGCAAAAGCUAAUGAAACAUAAAAAUAUACAUAUACAUUUGCUGCCUUUCAAUUUUCCAUUUGCAAACAACAAGAGCAAUACAACGAAUUUCCGUGAAAUUGUUAAAACAGAUUGUCUACUACGUAGCAUGCACAAAGCGAAAUUCGUAACAUUGCUAGAACCAAAUGAAUUUUUCUUUCCAAAUGCCAAAUUAAGUGCAGAAAAUUCAGUAAUAUAUUCAUUAAAUUCCCAAAGUGCCGCUGAUACAAUACAUCAAUUGCAAACUUACUCAGUCUGUUAUGCUGAUAAAAAGCAUGAUUUACUCACAAAUAGUAGUUUUUAUGACCCUGAAGUGGUGCAACCACACACGAUAAAUAUUUUGAGGCCCGUGGUGCCUACGCUAUCUUCUCCGAAAAGUGGUGUGAAUGAAGUGGUCCCCUCAUUGGCUUUUGCACAUCGAUACACCGACUGCGUACAUGUCGGAAAUGAUGGCUUACACAUGUGGCAAAACUCUUUGCGUCAAGAUUUCAUGAAUAACUUGCUUGCAUUUAGAAAAGAAGUAAGAGAAUUAAUUUAUAAUUAAGCUAGUGACACAAAUUAAUGUAUUUAGACUUUUAGUCAAUUUCGACUGCGUUAUGAACGAUUAGCAACAUUGAGUAUGCCAUUAUUUUUAGAAAUAUAUAUAUUAAUGAAAAUAUUUCAAGAGCAAUGUUAUCUUCCUUAGUAUAUAAGUUGUGUAUGCGUAAUUUUAACGAAUAAAUACUCACAAACACAUCUAUGUAUUUCAUAUUAA